UUACAGCUACGCAGCGUUGCCGGCUAGUGCAAAAAGCAAAAACCAAUUGCCAUAAGCAAAGGUAUUUCCGAGUUUUUAAUGGUUUUCCGGCUAUAAAUGGCAGCCAAAAGCACGGAGAAGGAAAAGGCCGAUGGCCAGGAACCCGCCACGCCGGUGGAAAAGCCCGAUACUGCCGCAUCCAGUGAGCCACUCGAGGAAAACGCCAAUGAACCGGCGGCUGAAAACACAACGCCGGCUAAAAAGGAUGGAGGACGCAAACGGAAGAGGCAUUUAUUCAACUCGAUUCGCGGCCAAAUGGAGUUCUAUUUCGGAGACGCCAAUUUGAGUAAGGAUCGCUUUCUGCGUCGCUACGUAGAGCAGGAUCCAUAUGUGCCCCUGGAGAUUUUCCUCACGUUCAACAAAAUCAAGACGCUCACCCAGGAUGUGCAGCAGAUAGCCAAGGCGCUGAGCAACUCCCAGCUCCUGGAACUGGACGAGACCAAGCUGAAGGUGCGGCGCAAGACCAAGCUUCCGGAUCAGCGCGAUGUCAACGACAAGACGCUGUAUGUGGAGGCCCUGCCCGCCAAUGCUAGCCACGAUUGGUUGAAGGAGGUGUUCAGCCGCUACGGAUCGGUGGCCUACGUCUCGCUGCCUCACUAUCCGGGCACCAAGAAAAUCAAGGAGUUCGCCUUCAUCGAAUUCGAGAAGGCCGGCUCUGUGGAGAAGGCUGUGAAGGCAUUUGCCCAGGUCCAGGGCGUCCUCUCCGUGGAAACGGAUCCUGGCGAACUGGCCAGCGUGCGCUCCUUCCAGCAGCAGCAGCAGCUGCAACAGAAAGCAGAGUCGACAGCCGAUGAGAAUGAUACGCUUGAACCGCCGCCGCCGCCACCGCUACUCAAGCGGAAUGCCAAGAGAGAGGCUGUGGCCAUCACCGAAACGGGUCCCGAGGUGAAACGGGUCAAGCUGGAGGAGGAGCAGCCCAGCGAGAGCUCCACGGCGGAAGGAACGUCCAGCGAAACGGAGGCAGAGGGCACAGCAGCUGGAGAAGCCACCACCGAUCAGGAGGAUAAAACAGAGCCAACCGACGGCGAGACCAAGAAGCGUCGUCGCAAGCGCAAGAAGAAGGCCAUUGUGGACAAGCCGAACAUUGAGCCCAGUGCCUUGGAGCUCAAGGUGCUGCCCAAGACCAGCUGGAGCAGUCUGCGCAAUAAGUACUUGAAUCUGCAGCGUCGCCUGAUAAGCGAAGCCAAGAGCAAGCUGUGGCGUGAGAACCACCCACAAAACCAGCCGCACCAUCACCACCACCAGCAGCAGCACCAUAACCAGAACCAAUCCAAACCCUCGCAGCUGCCCGAGGUGGCCAAUAAGGAGGAGGAAGCCGGCGGUCCAGAGAUCCCCAGCGAAGGCGGCGAAGCUGCCGGGGAGGCGGCGGUGCCGGUGCCGGCCAAGCGACGCAAGGCGGUGCACAAAAUGAACAUGAACUUCUACGGCGCCGGCGGCGUGGAGUCCACCAAAUCCGAGGAGCCCUCGCAGGAGCGUACGCCCCUUUUCAAAUACGAGCCCGGCCUGAUUGUGGAGUGCUCGCUGCUGGAGCCCUGCACCAAUGUCAAGGAGUUUAAGGCCGACAUGCGCCAGUAUCCGGACAUUAAGUAUGUGGACAUCAAAGAGGGCGAUCAGGUGGCCCAACUGCGCCUGGCCACGCCCGCCGCCGCCGAGGAGCUGGUGCGCCAGGUCAACUGUGCCGAGCGGCAGCUGAAGGUGCUCUCCGGCCAGCCGGAGACGCUCUAUUGGCGCAAGAUCGAGCAGGAUCGCGAGGCGAAACUCUCGAAAAAGGUGCGCGUGCAGCAGAAGCGAGGCCGCGAGAAGAUCUCCAAGCUGCUGGCCAAGCACAUCAAGUUCGACGAUGGCGACGAUGAAGUACAGGCGGCCGCCAUGGAAUAAAUCGAUUACGGGUCUAGUUAUAAGGUCACAAACUGUAUGAUCUGGGAUCGCUUUUAAGCCAAAUGAAUGGUUUCACAGAACUUUCUAAAUUGUUUGAAGAAAUUUAGAAUGCAAAUGUGUAAAUGUAAGCAUGCGACACGAAAAAGCAGCAGUUUUAUAAUUUGUUUCUAUUUUAAUUUUAAUUUCUAAAAGGAUCUGCCAAGAAACGUAAUU